GAGGAGAGAGAGAGAGAGAGAGAGAGAGAGAGAGAGAGAGAGAGAGAGAGAGAGAGAGAGAGAGAGAGAGAGAGAGAGAGAGAGAGAAGCUCCUUGACUCAUUCGCCCAUCCAGCUGUUUUACACGAGGAGUCUACUCUACUGUGAGAGCACAGCCCGCGAGGAUCCUCAACAGCUGUGUGAAACUCCUCGAGGAUGCUGUCAGGAGGCUAGGGGACCGGACUGGAUUAUACUGCUUAUAAUGCCCAACCAAAGCACCUCUUCAGACUACCGUAGGGCACUAAGGAGGAGCCGGUGUCAAGUGAAGAGGCGUUAACUUGGGACAAGCAUCAUGCCAAAGUUGAGUGGAGACUUGAAUGGAGAGUUGCAGGAUUCCGGCGCAAUGUGGGUGUUUCUUCUGUUGCUGGUCCCCGUGGCGUGCGUGCCCUCCCCCUCGCGGCCCCUGACCCGCCCAUGCAGACGCUGCUGUGACCACCUGGAGCCCCCAGCUGCCGGCUCCGCCCACUCCCAGCCCCCCCCAGAUAGUCCCGCCCGCUACCAGGCCGCCACCGAGGUCCACACCAUCAUCAACAUGACCAUCCUUAAAGGUGACAAGGGCGACAGAGGAGAGAGAGGCACGCUCGGCAAGCCCGGCCUGGAAGGCACUCCCGGCUUCAGGGGCCCCUUCGGCCCCAAGGGCAGCAAGGGCCAGGCCGGGGCCCCGGGGGACGCCUGCAAGACAACGCACUCCUCCUUCUCGGUGGGGCGUCGCAAGGCGCUGCACAGCGUGGACUACUACCAGCCGCUGGUGUUCGACACGGUGUUCGUCAACCUGCUGGGCCACUUCAACAUGUUCAAGGGCAAGUUCUACUGCUCCGUGCCGGGCGUGUACUACUUCAACGUCAACAUCCACACGUGGAACUUCAAGGAGACCUACCUGCACCUGAUGCACAACGACGAGGAGCAGGUGAUCCUGUACGCGCAGCCCAGCGAGCGCUCCAUCAUGCAGAGCCAGAGCGUGCUGCUGGACCUGGCGGCCGGCGACGAGGUGUGGGUGCGCCUGUACAAGCGCGAGCGGGAGAACGCCGUGUACAGCGACGACGUCGACGUCUACAUCACCUUCAACGGGUACCUGGUGGCGCCCGGGAGCCACUGAACCAGGGGGAGGGUGUAGGGUCGGUUGGAGAGGAUCUCAGGGGUUUAAGCUGGGGGGGGUCGCUUCAUGGCGUUGGUGGAGGAGAUGGAGGAGAUGGAGGAGGAGGUGGAGAAGGGCGUUGGGGGCCGUGAGUUUGGUGCUAAACCGAUUUUUUUCUCUUUUUUUCUUUUUUACUUAUUUUCGGAUAGUUAAGAUAGGAGACUGCCCAGCCCCUGACCUAAGUGAUCUAUGCAGAUACUUUAAUAAACUUCAAUGAUGAUCUGUCCGAAAUGACGAUGAAGAUUUAUGGCAAACAGUAUUAACUGGGAUUCACUGAACA